AUGGUCAGAUCAGCGUCUGAACCAGUACCUGUGCUCAUCGUAGGGGCUGGCGUGAGCGGGCUCAUACUCGCAAUAUUACUGGCAAAGAACGAUGUCCCCUUCCGGAUUAUCGAAAAGCUACCUUCCGGGGGACGUAUUGGUGCGAAGGGAUCCGGUGUCCAGCCGCGCACCCAAGAGUUGCUUGAGAUCAUGGGCAUACCAUACGACGAGCUUAUGGCUUCCGGCAUGGGGCCACUGGAAAUGCGGUUUUACGCGCCACCGGAUGGACUGCAGCCUGCCAAGACGUUCCCGCUUGCUGAGCGUAUGCCACCGAAUCCUACUGUGCCUUAUCCAGAGCUCGUAACUGUCAGCCAGGCAAACCUCGAAGUGCUACUCCACCGCCAGUUGAACAAGUACGGCGCACAAGUUGAAUACUCCACUACGCUGCAGUCGAUUAGUCAAGACGAUGAUAGUGUUACUGCCGUAGUAACGAAGGACGGCAUUGUGGAGAGAAUAGAGGCUCAAUGGCUAGUUGGAGCCGACGGUGCCCGUGGAUCAUCUCGAAAGUUUCUCGGCAUCAACUACGUCGGCGAAAGCAGACCAGGCGACAAAAUAUUCAUAGCGGACGUGACUGUUCCCGGAAACUUUCCUCGCGAUUAUUGGCAUGCAUGGGGCCAGUUCCACACGUCGGCCGUCGGCCUCCUUCCUCUCGGCGGCGGCGAUCCGACGCAUUUCCAGCUGCAUCUUAUGGGCCCCGAAAUUGAUUGCGAGAUAGUCAAGACACCGCAGGACGUGAAGGAUCACUUUUACAAAAUUAGCAAUCGGAAAGACAUCGUAAUCGAAGACGUGCGGUGGAUGACGACGUGGACAGCGAACGUACGAUUAGCGGAUCGCAUGCAGGUUGGCCGCUGCAUAUUGGCAGGCGAUGCUGCACACUGCCAUUCACCGGCUGGAGCGCAAGGCAUGAAUACCGGUUUACAAGAUUCGUUCAAUUUAGCCUGGAAAUUGGCCGCCGUCGUGAAGAGCACCAGUCCUCCCUCUAUCCUGGCGUCCUAUGAAGCCGAACGCUAUCCUGUUAUUUCUGCAAUGCUGCAGAUCUCCAACGACAUGCACUCUCGCCUCUUCGCCCGCGAGGCACCGAAGGAAGGAGACGCAGAGCCCUUCCAUCACCCGGACAGCACGCACCAGCUCGGCGUGAAUUAUCGCCAUAGCCCCAUCAUCCUUGACGAGCGAUACACACAGAAGGGAGAGGCACCUGCGCCUUACCAACGUGCAGGCCGAUUACGCGCGGGCGACCGAGCGCCAGACGCGCCGGGAGCCAACGGGACGCGCCUGUUUUCUCUCCUGGGCGUGCAGCGGCACCGAGCGCUGGUAUUCAUACCGAAAAGUGCAGAUACUGGGCUACUUCAGGCCGUCAAAAACGCUGCGGGAGGCACUUGGGAUGUAGUGGCGGUGAUUCCGCAAGGCGUGGAGGCACCAGCAGAUGUGCAUUCCGUAUUCGUCGACAACGCGGAAGGUGUCGCUUUCGGAGUGUACGAGGUAGGGGACGAUCCCUUGGCCUUCAUUGUACGCCCAGACGGUAUGAUUGGCGCAGUUCUCCUGUCGACAGAUGGUGUGCAGCGCUAUCUCGAAGUACUCCGUGGCGGAGCCAGGCCCAAAUAG